GCGGAGCUAUAAAAGGGACGCUUUCGAUCCGUUCGACCACAGACCCACAGGACGCCAACUAGUGAAAGGAGCAUCGAAUUCUCUCUCCCCCUCUUCGCGUCCGCUACGCAGUGCAGCACCGAGUCGAAGCCAUGGCGGACCCUCCGAGCACCCACCAUCCUCAGGCGCCCAAAUUCACUUCGCCGUCCGGCGUGUUCCAGAAGCUCAGGACCAACUUGGCCGUGCGCUCGAAAUGGGGCGAGAUCAAUGGAGCCAUGGGGGAUUUGGGCACGUACAUCCCCAUAGUCCUGGCCAUGACGCUGGCCAAGGACCUCAACCUCGGCACGACGCUGAUAUUCACUGGCGUCUACAACGUGGUCACCGGCGCAGUGUACGGCGUGCCCAUGCCGGUGCAACCCAUGAAGGCCAUCGCGGCGGCCGCGAUUUCCGGCGCCGACUUCGGCAUCCCGGAGGUCAUGGCGGCCGGGAUUUGCACCGGCGCGAUUCUGGUCCUCCUGGGCGUCACCGGGUUGAUGCAGCUCGUUUACAGGCUGAUCCCUCUGUCUGUUGUCAGGGGGAUUCAGCUCUCGCAGGGGCUGUCGUUUGCGAUGACUGCUGUGAAGUACAUCAGGAAAGUUCAAAACUUUUCGAAGUCGAAAGCGGCUGGGAAUCGGCACUGGUUCGGGUUGGAUGGCAUGGUGCUGGCCAUUGUCUGUGCAUGUUUCAUCGUGGUCGUCAAUGGCGCCGGUGAAGAGAAUGCAGAGAGCGAAAGCAACCAGGAAAUGGGCGAUGACGUCGAGGAUCAAAGCUCGAGAAGGAGGAGAAAAUGGAGGAGAAUCAUGGGUGCUCUUCCCUCAGCCUUCAUUAUCUUCCUGCUGGGUGUUGUCCUGGCCUUCAUUAGAGAGCCCAAAGUGGUCAGGGACAUUAAAUUUGGUCCAUCCUCUGUUGAAGUUGUGAAGAUUUCAAGGCAUGCUUGGAAAGAGGGAUUCAUUAAAGGCACAAUUCCCCAACUCCCGUUAUCGAUAUUGAAUUCGGUCAUUGCGGUGUGCAAGCUGUCGUACGACCUCUUCCCAGAGAAGGACUUCUCCUCCGCGUCGGUGGCGGUCACGGUAGGGGUGAUGAAUCUGGUUGGGUGCUGGUUUGGGGCCAUGCCGUGCUGCCACGGCGCUGGAGGCCUGGCGGGGCAGUACAAGUUUGGCGGCAGGAGCGGGGGCUGCGUGGCAAUCCUGGGCGCUGCUAAAUUGAUUCUUGGUUUGGUCCUUGGGAGUUCUAUAGUGAAGGUGUUGGACCAGUUCCCUGUUGGUAUGCUCGGUGUCCUGCUUUUGUUUGCGGGGAUUGAGCUGGCUAUGGCUGCCAGGGACAUGAACUCAAAGGAGGAGGCUUUCGUGAUGCUGAUCUGUGCAGCGGUCUCUCUCGUCGGAUCGAGCGCGGCGCUCGGGUUUCUUUGUGGGAUCGUGGUUCACGUGCUACUUAGGUUGAGGAAUUUGAGUAGUUUUCGUUCCUGCUCGACGAUAUGCACGCAAGGAACGCCUUGAGUUCGUCUGUGCUAGAACAUAUGGAUGCAUCAAGCACUUAGCCGCAGCUUGUGCGCUGCAAUUCCCGAAUAAACUACUCAAGUACUAAAUUUUCUAGUGUUUGAUUUGAGCGUGUUUCAUCAACUUGCACUUGAUUUUCACUUUCAUUUCAUUUGCAGUAUCAAUGCGUGACAUUAUCGGUGCUUCUCCAUUAGCA